ACAGCCGUUUCUCUACCUCUCUCUCUCUCUGUCCAUAAAAUACACACAAAAUCUCUCUUCAGAGGCUCUAGUUUCUUCCCCCUUCUUUUCCCCUCUCUUGUGUAAUGUAAACGUGACCAAGAGAAAAAACUUCGGUUCUAAAAUAUUGUUUGUACUUGAACAUCAAAAGCUGUUUAAAGAAUGGCUUUGUGUAGCAAGUUUUUAGCUUUGUUUCUUAUCCACACUUGCUUGCUUUUGGGCUUGUGUUCAGCUGCAGAUCCUUUUGUUAGCUAUGACUUUGAAGUCUCUUACAUCACUGCUUCUCCUCUUGGCGUGCCUCAACAGGUUAUUGCUAUAAAUGGGAAGUUUCCUGGUCCUACUAUCAAUGUGACCACUAACAACAAUGUUGCUAUCAAUGUUCGGAACAAACUGGAUGAUAAUCUCCUUAUCCACUGGUCUGGAAUUCAACAAAGGAGAAGUUCAUGGCAAGAUGGGCUUCCUGGUACUAACUGUCCAAUUCCUCCGAAGUGGAACUGGACUUACCAGUUUCAAGUUAAAGAUCAGGUAGGGAGUUUCUUUUACUUCCCUUCUCUCCAUAUGCAGAGAGCUUCUGGUGGAUUUGGCAGCUUUAUCAUAAACAACCGGGCUAUUAUUCCAAUUCCUUUUGAUACUCCUCAUGGGGACAUUGUCAUUUUGAUUGGUGAUUGGUACAAAAGGAACCACACGGCUUUGAGGAAGGCUCUUGAUGCUGGGAAAGAUCUAGGGAUGCCAGAUGGAGUUCUUAUUAAUGGCAAAGGUCCUUACCAAUAUAACGCUACACUUGUCCCUGAUGGCAUUGACUACGAAACCAUUGAGGUUCAACCAGGAAAAACCUAUCGCAUCCGUGUGCACAAUGUUGGAACUUCAACUAGUUUGAAUUUCAGGAUCCAGAACCACAAUCUGCUCUUAGCUGAGUCAGAGGGAUCUUAUACAGUGCAACAAAAUUAUACCAGUUUAGAUAUACAUGUAGGACAAUCUUAUUCAUUUUUGGUGACCAUGGAUCAGAACGCAAGUACUGAUUACUACAUUGUAGCUAGCGCAAGGUUUGUGAAUGAAUCGCAGUGGAAAAGGGUUACUGGUGUUGGAAUCUUGCAUUACACAAAUUCCAAGGGGAAGGCAAAGGGUCCCCUUCCAGAUGCACCCAAUGAUGAGUUUGACAAAACCUUCUCAAUGAACCAAGCAAGAUCCAUCAGAUGGAAUGUUUCUGCGAGUGGUGCACGUCCCAACCCACAAGGCUCAUUCAGAUACGGCUCAAUCAAUGUGACCGAUGUUUACGUAUUGAAAAAUAAGCCACUAGUAACAAUCAAUGGGAAAAGACGAGCGACUCUCAGUGGGAUAUCAUUUGUCAAUCCUGCUACUCCAAUCAGGCUUGCAGACCAGUUCAAAGUGAAGGGGGUGUAUAAGCUUGAUUUCCCCAACAAGCCCUUAACAGGAUCAUCUAAAAUGGAAACAUCAGUGAUCAAUGGAACAUACAGGGGAUUUAUGGAAGUCAUUCUGCAGAACAAUGACACCAAGAUGCAGAGCUAUCACCUAAGUGGAUAUGCAGUUUUUGUUGUGGGGAUGGAUUAUGGUGAAUGGACAGAUAACAGCAGGGGAACAUAUAAUAAGUGGGAUGGCAUUGCACGCUCCACUGUCCAGGUUUAUCCUGGAGCAUGGACAGCAAUUUUGGUAUCGCUUGACAAUGUUGGAGUCUGGAACCUCAGAACUGAAAACCUUGACUCCUGGUAUCUUGGCCAGGAAACGUAUGUCAGAAUUGUCAAUCCAGAGGAAACUAACAAAACCGAGUUGCCUAUUCCAGACAAUGCCCUCUUUUGUGGUGCACUUGGCAAAUUCCAGAAGCCAGAAGAUAUUUCUUUCGCCGUAUCAAUCACAGGUAACGGAUCAAAGCUGUUCUUCACCCUGCUGAUGGCCGUCUGUGCUUUGAUGUCCGUUUUUGGCUGAUGUUUCCCUUGUGACAUCUUGCCAUCCACCAUUGCUUGUUCGAGCCUCUUGUUAGUGCGAUUUGUGGUUGUGACUUGUGAGUGCGCUUUAGUUGUGUAGUCCUGUCGAUAAGAAUCUUCGGUGAUUUUGACAUGUAUUUUGGUCUCCUCCCUGGGUUUCUUUGUUUAAUUUAUUGGGAUUAUCAUUCUUUUAAUACCUGUAAUUGAUGCGUUGAUGGAAUUCAUCAAAUCUUCAAUACAGUAACAUUCGACUAAUGUAGUUUUGCUUUCCUCAAUUGAAGCAAGUAAUCUUUCGUUUUCA